UUUUAAACAUUCGUUUUAAACGAUGUACGAAGUGUAUAAAAUCAAUGUGUACAAAUUGAUUAUGUAUAUAAUGGAAUUUAUAGUAGUUUCACGACUGCUGGAGACUUUUUAGCGUUGCUAUUGGUCAAACGUCACGGUGGCUUCGCCUUUAUGAGAAUUCGUAAAAAGGUUAUAAUGGUGUGAUAGAGUUUCCAGUGGUAAGUAUCGUGAAUGGCAUUAAAAUUCGUCGGUAUUCUUCUGCGAUCGUAAUUCUUUCAAACGCUUCUCUGAAAACCAACGAAAUCGACAGCAGAUACAUUUUUGUGAAAUGAACUCGAAACAUAGAAUAUAUCGACGAAGGUGAUAUUAGAAACGGCAAAUUUACAAAUUGCCUCGAGAAAGUACGGAUGAUAAGCAAAUGUUUAGUAUCGAACGUUUAACGUAAAUAUACAAGAGAGAUGAGAGUUAACCGAAGAAGAAGAAACUAGGAUUAAAAAGAAAGAACAUUCGUAAAUGGGCAUGCGCAGUAAUUUGCUUUGAAAGUGAUGGUAAUGCUGUGGUAGAACCGGCAGAUGUCGGUAUAAUAUGUUAGAGUAGGUCGCGCCUCUAUCGGCGAAGCGUCACAUCAAUUCAAACGGUGCGCCAGUGACUUGAGGGGGGUCCACACCAUUUUGAAAGUAAAAAUACUGCGCGACCCGGGAUUUUGUUUGUGCGGUUCGGCGAGGGUAAAAAAGCGGCGAGGGCUAGGCUGUGUGGUAUGGUCGGGGCAACGCGGUGUCGCGCGUAAAAUGACGUAGAAUGUGCGAGGGUGUGCCGCGUGCGGUACGAGGUGUGUUAGCGGAAACGGUGUCGCGGUGUGUAGGGUCGGCGCUGACCGUAGCUAUCGUAGCGUACGGGAAAUUGGCUGUGGCUUCGCCAAUGGAUGCCAGGCAGGAGGAGACGCCAUUUUGAUAUACGGGCGCACGUCAAGCGUUCGCUCGUAGGGAAACGCGGUCUCGAGUCGGUCUGCCGCUUCGCGUAGGACCGCGCAGGUGAAUUCUGUGGUUCGCUCGGUUGAAGAGUAUCGUUGGUACGAGUGCGUGGCGCAACGUAUCCGAACGGUAUCGUUGACAAGUGACAGGUGAAUCGAUCGGGCCGCGAGGAAAGUCGCGUUGCGGCCCCGUGCCCGUAACACGGUUCGCUCGGUUGAUUGGUAGUGACUACUGUGUGUGGAACUACGUGUACAUUCGGAUUUUUCCCCACGCGGCCGAGAGUCGAGUGUGCACAGCGAGGGACAACGUAGCUAGUGUAUAUUGGUGCGCGGGGAUCCGGGGUGGCGGUGUACGCGGCAGGGAAAAGCCGCUGCUGUCUCGUUGGUUUCGCGCGCGCGAGAGAGGCCACCGGCCGACACUUUGGGCCAGGACAAGACGACCCGAUGUCGGGAGCGGGUCGCGACCCCGUGUCGACCCGUGGUCGUCCUCGUCCUCGCGUACCCAUCUCUUUCAUAGCACCAGGACACACCUGGCGUAAAUGUGCUCUCAUGAGCGCCCAUGUGCACCUCUCUUUCUGCCUGCUGCCCUUACGUGCCCUGUAAAUCCAGAGCACACCCCGAUUAGCACGCCCACGCACUCUAUCACUCGCGAAUAUGGCCAAGAUCCUCAACAAGGACCCCGUCACCUACGAGAGGGAGAGGGACAACUUCCUUAAGGACCUCCGUCAUUUCCAUGAGACCAGAGGGACUCCGUUCAAGAAAAAUCCGAAAAUCAAUGGAAAAGAUAUAGAUCUGUACUUGUUGUACGUCGUCGUUACUGCUCAUGGCGGAUGGAUAAAGGUGAAUACCAGAAACGAGUGGGCAUCGUUAUGCGAACAAUUCCAUCUACCCAACGGCUGCGUGAACAGCGGGGUUGGCCUUAAACAAAUUUACCUCAGGUAUCUGGACAGGUAUGAGAAGGUACACUUUCUAGGAGAGGAUGGCCAACAAGCUGACGACGACGACGAGGAUUCUAGACACAGAAAGUGGUCUGCCAGGGCAUUACACUCCGUUCCUCUUACUUAUAAUCAUCAUCAACACAAUGUCGCAGAAUCUCUUCGUGAUUACAAUGGCCUUUCGUCGGACCUCUACAAGCCAUCCAACUACGAUAAACUCGCACUAUCGCUUCUCUCGCCUCUUCCCAACGAACAAGACUUCGCCAUCAACGUGUGCACGUUGCUGUCGAACGAAGGCAAGCACAUCCUACGUCUCGACAAGUAUCCCCGUCUCGUCAACAUACUGCUGGCGCACGCCGGUAUCUUCGACUCGCCCGGCACACGGCAGCUCUUCAUCGAGGUCUAUUCUCGCGUGAGGAAUUACUCGAUCAACUCGUUCUGGUCGGACGUUCUCGACUCCCAGGACGUGAUAGAUCUUACGAACGAGAGGACGUUUAUGAAGAAAUCAACCGCCAGUCCGCAGACCUUCUCCAGACGGAAAAUCUUGGAGAGAGAGAAGCAGAACAGAAACGCAGCGUCGACGGAGAACGACGAGGCUUCCACGUCGAUGGAAGUCGACGGGGUGAUACCAGACUGUCCAAGAUUGGAUCCAACUGGCUCGCAUCAGGAUGAAAUUCUGAAAGAUCAAAAUCAAAACUCCAUAAAGUUUGAAGAGGAGGACAAAGAUUUGUUUUGUGUCGGACGGACGCUCGGAACGCAGGAUCCUUAUGGUCAACGUGUGCUACAAAUAGCAUCUAUCUUACGGAAUUUAAGUUUCACUCCGGAAAACGCCGCUGUAUUAGGAAGAAAUCGAUGUUUCUUGAGAUUUGUAUUGCUCUGUGUGCGGGCAAGGUGGAGUAAUUUGCACCAACUUGGUUUCGAUAUACUAGGCAACAUAGCGAAUGAAAUAAUCUUGAAAGAAGCUGGUGAAAGGAUAACCGAUGUUGUAUUGUCGUGUGUAGCAAAGGGAAUUGAAUCCCAAGACAGGUUUAUCGUUAUUUCCUGCUUGGAGGUGCUUAACAAAAUUAGCCAACAAGACAGCAACGAAGAAAUUAUUAGGUUUGGAUUAGAAGACAAUGUAUACGAACUUAUAUGCAGGUUUUUAGCCCUGAACGACAUAGCUCUUCUGGUGUAUACCUUGGAAUGUUUGUACGCGUUGACUUCGUUAGGUGAAAGGCCAUGUACCAGUGUCGCGCGCGUACGCGGAGCUAUCGACACGUUGGUCGCUCUUGUUACCGUAGAAGCGCAAAGUUACGGUCCAAAAGCAUGUAUUCUGAUGAGGGUAAUCGAGACAGUGUCCACGGUAGCACCACCACCUAAUGCUGCUCAGAACACUCCGGUUACCGCUACUGCCCCAGCUACGACAGUGUCCUCCUCCGUACCAACCACACCGGUUACAGUCACCGCGACACCAGCUCCUGUUAGUCCAGCACCGUCGCGACCAACGACACCAGCCGCCACUGCGACAAAAUCUACGACACACAAAGCAGUGGAGACGAGUAAUUCGCUUCAACAGCAGCACGCGCAUCAACAAAUCAUACAGGAAAACGAGCAGUUCGCUCUCAGUUGGUUAAGAGCUACCUUCGAACCUGCGCUUGGCGUACGUAUAGAACAGGAAGAGUUAUACAAAAAGUAUCUCGGUUGCUGCACAAAGAUCGGUAGAAGAGGCGUUAUUGCUCCGCUUCACUUUCCACGAUGCGUUAGAUGUGUAUUUGGUGGAAGCGUCGGACCAAAUCCGUUGAAAGGUGAAACAAGCGGUACUCAGUAUUACGAAGGAAUCCGAGUACGGGCCACACCUCCCCAAGUAACUUAUCCGAGCCAAACUGCGGUUGGGACUAACACAGCUCCAAUUCCAGCAGUCAACACAACGCCAGUAAAGGUGCUUCCCGUACAACAGCGUACAAUCAAGAGUAUAAGUCCUGCUCCUGAUAGCACGGCCCUAGACAAUCCUGCAUCUGGGCCUCCGAGAACCCCUGCCCCAGCGUCACCUAUCCUAAAAGCCCAAUUGUCUGCUCCACCGAAACCACCAUCCAGUAUCUCGAACACUGCAACUCAAUCCCAAAAUCCAGUCACCAAGGUUGAUUCUAAAAGUCAGGUGUCAGUGUCGCAUCCUCACCUGAGUCAAGCGUUGCUGUCAAGUGGUUCCCAAACACAGCCUCAACCACAAGUCCAGCAAGUACAGCAACAGUGUCAAACGGUCCAGGUAGUUGCAAAGGAAGAUAAUCGAAGUGGUACUACAUCCAGUUCCAUAAUAAAAAGCCUUCUGGCUACUAAGGUAACGGUCAGCAGCGACUGCAUGCCCAGUACUGCUGCGACUUGUGUGACUACCCCUACUGCCUGUGUAACAAACACUACUGCUAGCAUCGCAUCCAGCAUCAGUGCCAACCAGCUAAUAACCAGCAACCAGGUUGCGCAACGUCAACAACAACAAAGGCUACUGCAACAACAGUUAACCAAUAUAUCGCAACCACCUACAACUACAACUAGCGUAACCACAAUACUCCCAAAGACUCCUGUCAACUCGAAGCAAAAGCCAGCUAUCACACCCAUUCCUGCCAAGAAGAUACAAAGGCUCAACGGGGCCAAAUUUAUUAUCACUAAUAAUUGUGACAAGACUGAAGUAAAUGAUAAUGAGAAUGUCAACCAAAUCGUAACAUCGACAACUUCUUCCACGGUGGUUUUGAACUCAACCGAAAAUCACAUAUCGUCAACUAUUAAAGUAUGUCGGCCUCCAACUAUAACCGUAACUACAGCAAACAAAGCGAUCCAACGUUCGACUUGUACAUCGAUCGCCGAAGAUUCAGACUCGACCAACAAUUCUUUGGCAUCCAGUAGUGGUAUCGGUGGUAGUAGGGAUUGUUCUGGUGUCGGUAUAGAGGAGGACAAUUCUUUGACGAGUUUCGAGGGAAUUCUGUUAAACGGUGCACCAAGUAAUAUGGACAUCGACGCGCAGGAAGAUGGAUCUUCGAAAGAUUCGUCUAGUGUAACGUCUAAAGAAAAACCCCUGCAAAGUAUGAUGCUUGCAGAUUUGUUAGAAAGGAAAGUUGACAAGGAGCCGAUCUUAAACGGCGUGUUAGGCAAAAAUUCAAUCAAUGACAAGGGAAUGGACUUAGUAGAAAAUCACAUUAAGAAAGUACUAAAAGAAUCUCCUACUGACAUUAAAAUAAAAUCUGAAGUAGAAGAGACGGAGGUCUCCGAGGAUACUUUGAUCGAAGCACCCAGAGGGAUAAAACGAUCUGCCAGCGAAUUAGAUGAAGUAGAUGUAAAGAAAGUAAAAUAUUCCAAUGGUACGAUGUCGCCGGAUCUUGCUGUUGAUUCGACUACCGCCGAAUCUACUGUCUCGAGUAUAAAGUCUGAAGAACAGGACGAUGAUAAAGAUAACGAGAAAGUAACCGUAUCUUCUACAGCCGCGAAUCUUUAUGCUGCUCUGGCCGCGGAUUGUAUAGAAGACGAAACGGAUCUUGACGAGAACGUUAAUGUAAGUGUUAAGGAAGAACCUAUUACUGUAAAAGAACCUAUCGCUAUAAAGGAGGAACCUGUCAACACGAUGAAAGAGGAACCUAUCACGAUAAAAGAGGAACCUCACAUAUUCGUCAAUCAACUAAAUCAACAACCACCUCAACAGCAGCAGCCAUCGCAACAGCAACCACAGCAGCAACCGCAACAGCCACCACCACAAUCACAACACCCGCAACCACAAGUGCAACAACAACAACAACAACAACAACAACAGCAGCCACAAUUGCAGCCACAACAACUUAUCGUUACAGCACCUAGGCAGAUAGUAGUACAACAAACGAUUCAACCAAAUAAUCAAGUUAUUAUACCAACUGGUCCAGUGAAAGGAAGACAGGCCCAACCGCAACCGCAAGUUUUAUUGCAACAAGGAGCAGGAGGUCAAUUACAGUACGUUGUUUCUGGCGGCGUGCCUGGUCAAAAUUACGUCCUAGCUCAACCGCAAACGACAUUGGUUCAGGGUCAAGCGCAGACUGUGUUAGUAGCUCAGACGACACAGCAGCAAGGAACUGGUGCAAAAACGAUAAUUAUUUUGCAAUCUCAAGCAGCUGCGCAGCCAACCCAACAAAAAAUGGUGGCCGUCACACCUCAGGGACAACAGGUUGUUGUUACACAAGUUUCACGUCCUAUCUUGCAAAGUCCGGCACUCGGUAAUAUACCCCCGCCUUUGGUUCCAACGUCAGGCACAAUUCCACAAACUUCUAUAAUAGUGAACAGUUCCGUGGCACAAACAAAUCCCAACACAGUGACUGUCACGAUUCCUGCAAUGGCCCAACAAACACCAGUGUCAACUAGUGUACCAUCGAGAGUGGUGACACCAACACCGGCUUCUACUCCACCCCCUACCAGACCUACCACGCCUCAUCAAGCAGCUGCAACGCAUGGAUUGCCGGCGAAACAACCUGCUAAAGUAAUGAAGACUGUCAGUUCCUCAACCUCCACAGAACCGGAAUCCAAGCCGUCUACGAGCCAGAAUCAACCAGAAAAGACCAUCACCAUCAAAAUCGAUCCUAAUGCUUAUUUGUGCGAAUGGCGGGGUUGUUUAAGGCAAUUUAAAACACCGCACGAAGUUUAUCUUCAUGUGUGUGAGGCACAUUGUCCAACUGGUGGAGAGGAAAUAUUAUGUCUUUGGGCGAGUUGCGAUGCCUUAAAAAGACGUCGAUUUUCGUUAAUGACACAUUUAUACGAUAGGCAUUGUAACGCUGAGACAAUGUCGAUAAGAAGGAAACAGUUGACGGUAACAGGCAAAACCGAAGUUUCCACGUCGACACCGUCAGCUCCUCAUCAUCCUGGGUAUGCACCGAAUGCAGCAUUCCAUGCUAUUAAACGGCACGCAUUGGAAUUUGUAAAUCCAAAGGAGUUAAUGCAAAGGCCGACCAAGCCCGCUGCAGCCACUUCAAGCUCUUCUUCCCCCAGACCUGGGCAAAAUCCUCCACCAGAACAGGAUGACAACGAAGGUCCAGUGACCAAAAGUAUUCGCUUGACAGCAGCUCUCAUUCUUAGAAACCUAGUCAUAUAUUCAACACAUGGCAGAAGGCAUCUUAGAGCGUACGAACCACAUUUGGCAGGUGUCGCAUUAAGUAAUGUCGAAUCAUCGAGAACAAUCGCACAAGUUUUGUACGAUAUGAACGAUCAAAGCAGCAGUAACCAUAGUGUAAAGUGAGACAACAGAAAUAUGGUAGAAAGGAUGCUAAAAGUUUGCAAUUUGUUGCAAAAGAAAGGUGUGCUUGUGUGGUGUAUGGAAAAAGGGAAGAUGUAAAUGGCGAAGAGGAUAUACUAGUAGAGAAGAGGAUACGGCAAUGUUCCAGAAUUAUUAAAGAGGCCUAUAAACUUACUAAGCAAAUCGAUUUGCCGAUUUAGACUAUAAUAAUGUACUGUAACUAGUUAACACGAACGAAAGACAGUAGUUGAAGUGAUUACAGAUCAGUGAUAAAAGAAAAAAAAGCAAACAAAAAACGAGAUAAUAUUUCAAAUUUAAUAUUAAUAUUUAUUUUCUCAACAAGAAGCGGAAGAAAUGUUUUUAGUAAUCGUGUACAAAAAAUGAAGGACGAAGAAAAUACUUUAUGGACGUUAUAGUUAAUUACAAUGAAUAUUAUAUUAUUAUAUUAUAUUAUUAUUAUUAUUAAUUAUUAUUAAUAUUAUUGUAUGUUUUUCAUAAGUCAACCACAAGAAAACCUAGAAUGUAAAGAAAACCUUUUUAUGAAAUGUAUUUGUUAGGAAUUUAUGAUUUUGCUUAUAUAAUUGCAUAUUGCAAUUACAUGGCUAUAUUAUCGUCUCUCUUUUAUUUUAUUAUCGAGUAAUCUUAUUCUGUCAAGAUAUAACGUUGGUAAGGCAUCGCACAUAGCUUGACGAUGACGGCGUACUUCGACCGCAAGUCCAUCGUGUAUUAAAAACUCUAAGAACUUCUUCUGCUUUAAAUCGGUUUUAGCUCGGGGACUUUUAGCCACUUGUUCGACCUCUGUAUCUAACUUGAAAUCGUAAAAAGAGAUACUCUUAGUAAGAAACUUUUCUACUUUUUCGGGCAAACUGAGCGUGUCGUGUUGAAUUAUUUCCUCGAUCGUAUUAUUAUUCUCAUCUACGCAUAUUAACAUGGCCCGGUUUGUGCGAGUCAUGGAAUUCUGAGAAAUGACGAGAAGCAUCCAUAAAAUGCUGCACACACUUCGAUUCGAUCAAGUCAAGAUCAAUUAUUGCUUCCGACUUGUCCGUAUAUUAUCGAUACAGAUGUAAGUAUAUUUAUACUUGGAACUUAGAAAGGCCUAAAUGUUCUUAAAGCCAGUGUUUUUCAAAUUUUCAGCACUAAAGAAAGAAUGGCUGGGUGUGAAGAAACUAAAAAAGCACUUUCCAAUCAAGGCAGUUUGCCAAUAAUUAAAGAAUUUAAAGAUCUUAAGUACUUUACAAUAAUGACAAAUGGACAAAUAGAACGAUCAUAUGUAACAAUUUUAUUUUAAUUCCAACGAACAAUUACAAAUUGAACGUCGUUCGGAAAUCAAAAGUUUCGGAGCAAACAUUCUGUUCUAUAUAUUUAUUUAUUUUUCCUUUCUUUUUAAAUAAGAAUUUAUUGUUUUAGAUAAAAGUGACAAAAGUUUCAAUGGUGCGAUACUUUCAUUUGAAAUUCUGAUACGAUGCUUCUAUGAAUUUUCAAGCGAUUACUUUAGGCGCGAGUGUUUCUCGUGGCGCGUGAUUAACAAAGCAUUUUGUUCUUGUCCAAAAUUUUAAUGAAAUAUUAUCGACUUCUUUGUAUCAUAAGCUGUAUAAAAAAGAUGAGGUAACGGAAGUAAGUGUACCAUGAAAUGGUAAUUUUAGUUGUUUUGCGAGAUCGAGAGAGUAAAAGCGACUACAUUUUUCUAUUUGGAAAAGUUAGUUAUAUUCGUUGGGAUGUGUUGUAAUUUAAACGAGAAAAAGAAGAUGUCUGUUUUGUUUCUCAAACGUUGAAAAGAAGAAAGUAAACGAAAAAAAAAAUAUAUAUAUGUAUAUAUAUAUAUAUAUAUUUUUUUUUUUACGUUAUCAGACGCGACAAUGAAGAUCGUGCGAAUAGGUUUGCAUUUACAAGUCAUCGAGUUACCCAGCUAUCUAGGCGGGAUCCGCGAAUAAAAAAGUUAUUGGACGAUCGUAUUCGAAUAACGUCCACAAGAAAUAAAGUAUAUAUGUAUAAUUAUAAAUAUUUGUACAUAAUACCUGUAUUUCAUUCAUGAUGUUGCGAGUUCUGUGUAAAUUUUUCUUAAAGGUGUAAGAUUAAAUGUCUGGCGAAGCGAAGUGAGGAAGAAUUUUUGUAUUAUAGUAGGAUUAUGACAAGACGUAGGGAGUUGCAAGGUACAUAAGAGAAAUUUUUGUAAUUACCGAAUCGAUAUACAGCGGACGCUGAGAAGAGAAAACUGGCUGGCACCGAUUGUAACGAAGAAAGAAACUGAUAAUUUAAAUAUCGUGAAUUGUAAAACGAUGAAUACAUUGUGCGAGCCUCUGUUAUGUAUUUUAUAUAUAGAUUAUACAUAUUAUAUAUAUAUAUAUAUAUA